AUGGCAAAAUGCUCUGGAAGAGAAGAUAAAGAGUUCCAAAAGACUAUGCAAUCCCUUGUAAAACGGGAAGAGGUCAAUAGCAUAGAAAAAAGACAGUACUCACCACGGGCACAACGGAAAAAGAGAGAGGCAUCCAGCCCACUGGAAGAAGACGUUAGAAGAGGGGAGAAAGAAAAACAGAAGGCUGUGGCACAGUCAACAAUGUCACAUACGACGUCACAGAACAUCAAGCAGUGGGGGUGGAGGGAGACGAUGGAGAAAUUAAUUUCUACUCCCACCAAAGAUGGCCAGACUCAGUAUAGUGGAAGGAAUAAAUACAGACACAACAUCGUAAAUGUGAAACCAUUCCCAGGGCAAACAAAUCAAGCUCGAGUGAAAGAUGUCAUCCCCAAUUAUCUUUCACAGUCCUUGUAUAUGAAAGUGUAUGUAAACAACUCUGACAAUAGCAAAACUUUAAAGAAUCAGGAACCAUUGGUAAACACAAUACCAAUUGAUUCGAGUCUUCAAUCAACACUGGAAGCAAGACCUGGAAGAAAUGAAACCUUAGUACCAAUAUUUUUAUUUGAUUCUACUCCUAUAAUUCAUCUGAACUUCCAUCCACCAGAUCUACUGUCUACCUUUACUAUUUGCCCCUUCGUCAUCAAGAGGUGGCUGGAAACCUCACGAGGCAUUCUGACCAAUGCCACUCAGCUGGAUCAGAGCCAGGCCCAGGAUCCCUGACUACCAGCUUUGACUCUUGAGGUAACCAAGGGAUAAGGGUUAAAGUGUCAA